UAUAUUAAUUUUCCAAUAAUCGCCUUGCAAUUUACAAAGCGGAAUAAACCCAACCCAACCUAAUUAACAGCGGCUGAACCUCCUUCGACAGCCCGUGGCCGUGUGACGACUGACGGUGAACUGACAUCGCAAAGGGGUAUAACAAGUUCGAAACUCUGCACCCCAUUGUUCCGAUUUCCAGUUCUACGUUCUUCGCCGCCAUUUCCCCCCUUCUCUUUCUGCAUGAUGGUGAUGGAGGCUGUGAGACUGCGAGUUCUGUUCAAAGACAAGGACCUACUGACCGAGUCGCUCACAGGGUUGAGCCGGAGCUGGAUUGUCCUAAAACCUCAUCUCCGAACUAUUUCCGACCUAUCCGCCUACAUCCUUUCUGUUUUCCUUCUUGACGAUGCUUGCCCCAACGGUCUCAUCCUCUCUAUGGAUGGCUUUGUGUUACCUCCAUUUGAGUCGGUUUGUAUCUUGAAGGAUAAGGACAUUGUCAGAGUGAAGAAGAAGAAAAGUAAGGCAAUCAGUCUCAGUGACGGUAACGGAUUGAUUGAAACUGAGGAGUUCAGGGAGAGGAAACCUGUUGACAAAGGAGUGAAGCUUCUGGCUGAUAAGGAGUUUGAAAAUGAAUCUAAUGGCUAUGAGACUCAAUCGGAGGAAGAUGAACCUAAUGCUACUUUGCCGGUGAAAUCUGUGCCAGUAGAAAAAAAAGUGUCCAAAAAAAGAAAAGCUUCAAAGAUAAUUCGCAACUCAAAGAGGAAGAAAAAUAAACGUUCCCCUUCUGAAGAAUUUCCUACUAUCGUAGCAGAUGUUCAGCACGCUAAUGAAAAACGUGAAGAAAGAAAUCAUCUGAAGUCUAACCUCCUUCAAAAGGUCCUAGUAAGCAAAAAUGAUUCAACCAGCAGUUCUAGUAAAUGUGAAUUGGAUACAUCCAGCAGCCUUGAAAUUGAGGGAAGAAGCAACAAUAUUAUUAAGUCAACUAACAAUGCAGAGAGGGUUGAUCAGCUCGGAGCUGGCGGGAGACAUGUUGAGUUGUCUGACACAGCUGGUGACAGUAAAAAGGGUCCUAGUAGAAGUAGUCGCCGUAAGAAGGCAAAAAGGCGUUGGUUGAGGGAAAGAGCUCAAAAUGAGGAGCAACAGCAGCAGUUAUUUGAAACGAGUUUAGAUCAAGGGGCCAGUCAAAAUGAUGAUGUUGAUAUGGAUGAUGACACUGUUCCUGUGGUAGUUAAGCCAGGACACAUUCGCUUUGAGCCAGUUGGAAAAGUUAUUACAGAUCAGGCUCGGCAGCAAAAGCAAAACCAUUUCCCUAAGGAAACAUUGCAUUGGAAUGGUAUCACCAACAAGAAGAAGGGUCAAAAAUGGGGCAAAGAGAAAACUCCAUCUUGGAAGAGGAACAAUUCUAACAAUUGUACGGGCGAACCUCUUCAGUUACCUUCUUCUGAAACUGAGCAACCUAAAACUCCAGUUCCUGUAGCUGGUCCAAUAAAUUUUGAUGGUGAACCUCUUCAGUUACCUUCUUCUGAAACUGAGCAACCUAAAACUCCAGUUCCUGUAGCUGGUCCAAUAAAUUUCGAUGAACUUCAACCGUGCACUGGCUUGCCUCAGGAAGGUGAUUUAAUUGCAUAUCGUUUGAUUGAGUUAUCAUCAACCUGGACACCUGAGAUUUCCUCCUUCCGAGCUGGAAAAGUAUCAUGGUACGAAGCUGAUUCCAAUCGGAUUAUGCUAAUACCGGUUCCAGAAUAUCCAUUACCUGUCAAAAAGGAGAUAGAGGAGGAUUCUGAAUUACAUUUGGAUACAACCCCGUAUGGGGAAGAUGGCUCUUUGAAGAUAGAUUUUGCCUCUCUUGUUGAUCUUCGGCUUAUCAGGCAAGGAAACUUGGAUUCUUCAAGAACCGCAGUUAACCAGGAAAUCAUUUCUACUAAACAAACUGUAGAAAGUUCCAAGCUCGUCCAGAUCAAUGGAGAUGCCAACGACACUAGACAAGGUAAUGGAAAAGUAAGUGCGUGGGAUGAAAUCAGCGAGGCUCUGAGUGCAAAGAAGGCGGAACUUUCUAAGAAUGAUGGUUGGAAUCAAGAAGAAAGUUCAGGAAGGAGGUCAUGGUCCUAUAGGGCACUCAGAGGCAGCGCCCUCGGUCCAACAAUGGCUCUCUUAAGAGCUCAGAAUGAACUCUAGGAAAAAUUUCCGGGUCUGAACAACGUCCAUGUACAUUUGCUGCUCAGAACUCUUGUCAAGGUUGUAUUUGUUGGAAUCUGCAGGUGCUAGUUUUCUGUGAUGGUGCUGCCUGUAACCGUCAAGUUCAGACUGAUUUGCGAACUGUGGAAGUGCAUUUUGUGAUUGGAAUUGGAUGACAAAUUCGAUGUAUGCCAGACCAACUAGAGGUCCUGCACACCAAAUCUUAUUUAAGCCGUUGUCAAUGGAGCUUCGAAGGAUGUUAUCUGUAGUUUUGUCACAUUGGGAAGCAGCUCUCUCAAAUUAUAUAUACAUGGGAAUAUCGGUAGCUUGAAUAUCCAUAUCUUGUGAAACUAUAUAAAUAGUCUAAUUAUGAAUUUAUCUUAUGCAGUGUUAGCA